AUGCUCAGCCAAGUAGAAUAUGAACUUAGGAUGAAAACCGAAGAGCUUGAUGUUGCGGAAGCCAAUAUUACUUCUCUAGGUAACUUAUUGAAAGAGUUGCAUACUGAGAAAGAUAUUGUAGAGCAGGAAAACCAACAGCUACAAUAUGAACUUUACAAAAGGACACAAGAGUUUUUGGCUAAAAAUAACUAUGUUAGUGCUUUACAGAAAAGAUCCGAACAGGCUUCCCUCAACUAUCGUGGUAUUCUUGCAGAAAAAGAGAAGCAAUUGCAGUCAUUGAGAAUAAGGCUGGACCAACUAGAAUUUGAACUUGAGAACAAAGAGAGAGAGAGAGAGAGAGAGAGAGAGAGAGAGAGAGAGAGAGAGAGAGAGGUUUGUGUUGCUGAAGCCAAUACUGAUGUUGUAAGGAAACUAUUUGGAGAGUCACUCAUUAAGCAAGGUGUUCUAGUUGAGGAAAACCAAAGCUUGAAGAGCCAGUUUCAGUCAUAUGACAACAAGCUUAAACAACUAGAAUAUGAAGUCGAGACAGAGACAAAGGCUAAUAUUGUUGAUCUAAAGGAAGAUUUAGAAGAUGAUAUUCUUGAGUAUGAUCAGUUUCCUUGA